AGCGCACGUGCAUCUCAGGGAUAUAAAAGAACAUGAUAGGCCAACGUGACAGUGGCUCGGAGCGAAUCUUUGUAGUUACUAUCGAAGUCAUCUGUCAUGGCACUGCUUGCUAUUGCGUUGUUGGUGCUUGCCCAGGUGUACUUGUGCAGUGCGAUCACCCUGAAUGUAAACGCUGCCCACCUGACCUGCUCGGGCAAGACCCCUAUACCCAACAGUCUCGUCAUAUCCGACAAGCUGCACCCCCUCCAUGGAGCCCUCGUCCUCAGUCCCAUCUGUAAGGGAGGGAAGGACCGCUUCAAGGGCAUGUAUCCCCUCCCUUUCCACAUGAACGUCUGGUACAGCGGCUCGGUGAACUCCAAAUGCGUCUUGAAGAGUACCUCUUCUGGGUAUUAUGUUCAGGUGGAUGUGCUCGCUUAUGGCAAAUACUCUGUAGGCAAGCUGCUCUUGAAAUGCCCCAAACCUCUCCGACCAACCCCUCGGCUGACCGCGCCCUUGCCUUCGUACCCAGUAACACCCGUUUCUGACAUCAAGGAUUACGUGUGGAUACGCUGCGGGGUUGCCUCAAAUGAUGUUGAAUUUAUUCCUCAGCCCGUGAAAAUCGUGGCGGCUAUUGACUGCAGCGGUGUUCGCUACACCUACAUCAUUAAACCAAACACUCCUCUUGAGGUGCAGAUAUUCCUUGCCGGCAAGGUAAACGAGAAGUGCGUGUAUAACCACCUUCCGGCCCGGGCCAAGAGGGGUGCUGCGCCGCCACCCCCACCCCCAGUUAAAUCGGUCGUCAUUCAUUUCUUCAAGUACAGCACUUUUGAAUACAUCGGAAGCGGAAGUAUCACCUAUUGCCCACCCAUCACAGACGAUUACAUUUUGAAGGUCGUGCCCCACUGUGGUAAAUCUAUUGGUUCUCCUGCCUAUGUGACGGGCGUUACCGACGUUGAUGCCGACUUCCGGGCCAUAUGCAAGUAUGGGAGGAAAUACGUCUUCACCAACACCAACAAUGAUAAGGUGAACUACAAGCUGCCGGUCAAGUACAGCGGGAACGCCAAGACUGGCUGCGUCUUCAACAGGAGACAGAACUCUCGGGUGUAUGUCAUCACUGUCCAGAUCUCCUGGGGUCGACGGGGUGCAGUUGUCCACAAGCACAGCAAAGAAUACCAGUUGUCGUGUACAUUUGGUGCUAAAGGAAGUGACCAGUCUCCUACCCAACGUAUCGAGGGCAAUAUCCUGGCGCCACAGAUCGUAGAGUCUUUCGCCGGCUCGGGGGCAAGAUCUUACGUCAAGCUGCAUCUGAUCGACGUCCUUGGCCGACAGGUGUACGCACUGCCCAUUGGCCGAAUGGUCCAGAUUCGGGCGUGGUCAAACGGUCAAGGGAAUGAAGUCGGCGUGCGGGCUGUUGGCUGCGAUGCUAUUGGCUCGACGACUAAUAAAAGGUUCGCUAUCAUCCGAGCCGGUUGUGGAGAUGGUCUGGUGUUUGCUAAAAACGAAGGUUUCAUGACGUCGGGUCUGAACAGCACGAGUCCAUACUUCAAGGCAUUUUCAAUGCACAACGAUCCCAAGAUUCGAUUCGAAUGUAAUUUCACAAUGUGCACGAACAAUUGCGACGGGAGCUCGUGUGCAAUAACAGGCCGGCGCCGACGAGAGUCGGACGUGUAUUUUUCAGACUUUCUCAUGACUGAGUCUGACCCGAUAACCUUGCUUUAAUACCCGUUGUUGUACUUGAUCGUUACAGCUUUGUUAUUUUAGCAAAUACAGAUGGUGGUUGGUU